ACGUGACUCGGACGUUCGGGCAACAUGGCGAGUACCGGUGGUAUGACCGUUGAUGGAGACCUGAUGAGAUAUGCGGAGUACAGUCCAAAAACGAGCGUGAGGAGCGACGCAGAGGUAGACAGACAACUGGUGAGUGUCUGGUUUAAUUCUGAAAACCAAUAUAGAGCGGGUUGAACCAAAGUUGGUUCGGUUUUCUGCUGAAGCGGUUGUUAGGUAACCGCAAUGACCGCUAGGUAACGUCACUGCGUGCAUUAGACAACUAACCUAACAGCUGUGAGAUUAAAUUAUCAGUCUGUUUUUUACCUUUUUGUUUCUAUAUGGCAUUUUCAACCACAGACUGAACUCCCAACUCAGCACACUGUACCGUGGUCUCUUAAUAUUAAACUCAACACAUAACAGGGCUGACUGAAACCGACACAAACCCCUCAUAUGUCUCAGUUGAAGGACUAGCUCACUCCAGUGUCAUAACUAAUGUAGGACUGGAUGAUUUGGCCAAAAAGAUGAUCACGAUAUAUUUUGUCAUAUUGUCCGAUCUCGAUUAUUAUCACGAUUAUUUUUAAACUGCCAGUUUUAAAGCAUCUGUAAUUAAAACUAAAAAAUAAAUAGAUAAAUACUUAAUAAGACGUUAAAUUGCUUUUCUUCUCAACAAUAACGUCUUCGGAGGAUGACUCAAAGUCAUGGCUGACAUCUAUUUUACUGCCCUCAGCUCCACGUUCGGUUAAUCUGUUUACUUGUCCAGCAACUUACAGAAGUGAGCAGGAAAAGUUCGACUCUGAUUGGCUGUUGUGAUGCACAGUUUCGCCAAGUUUGAUCGAGUAAAUAAGCUCACAGCUGAUCACCGUGAUCGGACUAAAAUUAAUCCCGAUCAUUAAUCCCGAUCAUAUGGGCCCAGUCCUAAACUAAUGUUUUGUUUGGGUGACAGGGAAGGACUCUGAUUGCAGUCGGUCUCGGUGUUGCUGCUGCAGGUUUUGCAGGUAAGAAAAAGAUUUAUAUGUGAUCAUUAAUUUGCAACAACAAAUAAAGGUUUUCAGCAUUUUUUGCCAAAGUCUUCUGAGUUUUCUCUUUACUGUUGGAUUCACAGGCCGGUAUGCAUUCCAGCUGUGGAAGCCCCUUGGACAAGUCUUCUCAGACACUGUCAAGAAGAUGCCAACAUCAGUAAGUUUGCCAAAUAACACAAACCCCCUAAACCACAGGUGUCAAACUCAAGGCCCGGGGGCCAAAUCUGGCCCACAAGAUCACAGCAUAUUUGUAUUAUUAGUGGCCCACCAGUAUGAAGUCUGCACAUUUCCUCCAGUAUAAUAAUGUAAAUUUAAGCACCAUUAUUGAAAAUGUCCUUGAUAAGCUGUGAAAAUCUAGGAAAUUAAAGAGUAAGGAAGAUUUAAUAAAUAGUUAAGAAUGUGGGGAAAAAAAAAUAUUUGGUGUUUUAUUUCAUGUUUCAAAUUUUGCAUUUCAAGAUUACAAGUCAAACAUAAUUGGAUUUUUUUAUUGCAUGCUUUUGUUCAACUCAGUAUUUAGACUUGUGUCAUUUUUAUACUUGAGAUUCCAAAUUUAAAUUUUUUCAUACCUGAUUUUAACGUUCUCCUCAUGUAUUUGCUCUUUAAAAGCAUUAUUUUUCCAUGUUUAAUAUCAUGCUCUGGUCUUUUUAACCAAUAAAUAAAAAUAGAAUUAAAAAAUAAAACAAAUGUUUCUAUCUCAGAUUGCCUUUAAACUUAUCUUUUUAUCUUUUUUGAAUUUCCAAAUGAUUCAUAAUCAUUGCUGUUUUUCUUUUGCAUAUUUUUUUAAAAGGAGGUUGACAGUUUUGGUAAAAUGUUGACCCUGUUUGGCCCUCAGGUUAGACCUAAAUCCAGAUUAUGGCCCUUACUGUGGUUGAGUUUGACACCUCUCCCCUAAACUUUGAAGAUUCCUUGAAUGGUACGACAAAAGCAACUGUACAAUUGUACUUAACAAGCAAGUGUACUUAGACAGGUCUCAUGCAGUAGAAAAACAUCCGCACUGAUACAAGAAUGUAUCCUGCUUUACUGUGUAUUUCUGUUUUUUGUACCAACUGUGUAUAUUUUCUAGAGGCCGCUUGGAAAAGUUCAAACUACAGCCCACAUUGUUUUUGUCUCCACAGGCUUUCUCUGCAUAUUAUAAAGGAGGAUUCGAGCAGAAAAUGUCCAAACGAGAGGCCAGCCUUGUUCUUGGCAUCAGGUAAUAUGUUGCAUUGUAGUCUGCGUUAUCUAAGGACAGCCUUGCAGAGUUUGAUUUACCUCUCAGAUGAACAUGAUCAUUUUCUCACAUGGACAAAUUUUUAUUUCCAGCCCCACAAGCACAAAAGCCAAAGUACGUGAGGCCCAUCGGAGGAUCAUGGUCCUAAAUCACCCAGAUAAAGGUGAGCUUAAAACUUACAUAUACAAAAGUCUGAUGCUUUGAUGUAAACACAAUGACUGUUUGUAUUCAUUGUUGAUUAUGGGCAUUACUUUGCCUCAACUUAGAAGUAGCAGAGAAAUACUUGAGUACAGUUAUCAAUAGAUGAAGCAUAUUGUACCGUAAAAUAGUUUAAAGGAUGUGUAUGUAUCUUUGUGUCUCUGUUGAAGGUGGGUCACCGUACCUUGCAGCCAAGAUCAAUGAGGCUAAAGACCUUUUGGACAAAGAGUCCCGGCGAUGACCUGCUCUGUAAACAAACUUCAAAGACUCCCAUUGUCCAAUUGUCUUGUGCAUGAUCUCGUAUGUGUUCUGCUGCUCCAACAACAUCAAGACCAAGGCAUCCACUGAAGCUCCUGGAAGAGAGGUGGCAAGAUUAAACCACAAGGAAGAAUUUCUGACAUGGCUACUGAACUUAGACCUCAUUUAUCAUCAGAUCAUUGCUUUGAAAUUACUGACCAUUGUUGAAAAUAUUAGUUAAGCAAUAUAUUUGAGGGUAGUUACUCUGCAUUGGAAAUAACCUUUUUAGAUGUAAAAACUGAGGCCAGAGUUAGAGUACCUUAAUGCUAAUGUCCAGUAGGGGGCACCUCUACCUUUUGUGAAUUCAAGUCAGAUUGCAGAGAAUAUUUUGAGAAAAGGGGCCCACGUUUAAUUCAAAACAACUUUAAUUUUAUGUACUCCCAGAAUGAAAGUGCAGCAACUGAUCACCUGUUAAAUAUGGUCAAUAUGGUAGAAUCAAACUACAGCGAUGAAGUUUAGGAACUUCAAAACAGUAAAGACCACAGCAGCCGAAAUCAUCUCUGUUAGACCAACUUUUCUCCAUCUGUGUUUAAAGAUUUAAUGAUGAAGGUACAAAUCUUGAUGUAAAAGGUGCUUGGGAACAAUAUUAUCUAUUUAAGGAACUAUAGAAUAAUAAAUUUAAACUGUUAUAUUUAAAAAGAGAAUGGUGGAGAUGUGAAACUUUUUAAAAUAAGUAUUAAAAACAUGUACAGUAGU